UUGAAAAUGGAAUGGGCAGGAGAGUGUUCUCUUGAUUCUUGCAAUUUAGACUGUUUGUUAAAUGUCCUUCCUGGAGAACUAGAGUUUCAACAAGUCCUUGGUGAUCUUGAUGAAAAAAUAAAGAAGAACUCUUCUAGCAUAGAACAAUGUCUUAAACACCUGCAAUCGGAAGUAAAUGAAAUAUGUGCUGAUGAGAUACUACAAAGCACAAAUGACUGCAUUCAGUGGCUAAACAAUUGCGAUUUUAGUUCUAUCAAACCUUUUUCUACACACCACGGAGAGCUGAUGGAGUUCCUUAAGACCCUGCAAAACUUGCUGAAGAAUGAACAAAAUCAAGAAGAAAUGAUACUUCACUUCCUUCUGGAUCUCUCUAGUCGGUGUGGUGUCUCAUUUCCCUGUACUCCAAGUGGGACGUCUUUUGAGUUAACAUCUUCCCUUCAUGCCAUUGAGGAUGAUUCAGCUAUGGAUGUGAAAUCUCUCUGGGAUGAUGUGAGAUUGCAUCUUCGACGAUUUUUAGUAAAUAGACUGCAAAGUAAGGAAGAAACAAAUACUAAUGCUUUACCACAACAAAUGGAGUUUAAAACUCAGUGCAUACAGCAACUUUUGUUUCUUUAUCCUGAAUCAGAAGUCUUAACGAAGUAUCAAAACAUGCAGAGUAAACUGGUUAGUGAUCUUCUACAGAGCUGUAUUUUGUCUAGUUGUGGUGAAACAAAUUUUGAUCAUGUAGUUCAUGGUUACCAAAGCUCCAUACCCACAUUGUGCACAAUGAUAAAAGAAGAUUUAUGUAUACUAAAUGGAACUAUUAUUGAUCCUUCUUCAUCAUUGAAGUUUAUUAAUGAAACUUAUCUGGAUACCAUCACUGAAGAAAUAACAGUUCUUCUUGAAAGACUUUGUGAGCUGCAGUUCAAAGAAAAUGCUCAACAUGUAGUUAAGGCAAACAAGAUUUCAAAGAAGCAUAGAGGAACAGUUCAUGCUGUGGGUUAG